AUGCCAGUGAACCUGUUCAUUGAUGAUGAUGAUGAUGAUGAUGAUGAUGAUGAUGACGACGAUGAUGAUGAUGAUGAUGAUGAUGAUGAUGAUGAUGAUGAUGAUGAUGAUGAUGAUGAUGAUGAUGAUGAUGAUGAUGAUGAUGAUGAUGGUGGCGGUGGCGGUGGCGGUGGCGGUGGCGGUGGCGGUGGCGGUGGCGGUGGCGGUGGCGGUGGCGGUGGUGGUGGUGGUGGUGGUGGUGAUGAUGAUGAUGAUGAUGAUGAUGACUCUGCCGUCGCGUCCGACGAUGGCCCUCGUGUUCUCCAGAACGAGCUGAAGCAGUCGCGGUGA